AUGCAGCACCAAUUAGCUCGAUCGCUUUCUGGUGAAUUAAAACGUAUUUUAAUUCCGAACGCGUCUACUUCUGCCCAGCAACAAUCUGUCUCCCAACAAGAAUCAUAUAAACCUCCAGGUCUUGAAGAUUCAAAUAGUACUGAUAGAGCCUUGGAGAAUGGCAAUUAUGAGGAUGCGUUUGUUGCUGUUCUUGCUUCACAUGAGUUACCACUCAUUUUACGUCUUUGCAGCAAAGUUAAUCCGAAGACCGUUUUUUCUCAUGCAAGAUCUUUACUUUCUCAACCUGUAAUUCUUUCUCUUAUUCAUCACCUUUCUUUGGAAUUGAAUAAAUAUCCUGAUUUAAAACUCACGUGGAUGGAAGAAGCUGUAAUCAAACUUAACCCGAAGGACCAUAUAAUUAGAGAACAUUGCGAAAGACUCUUACCCCUAGUGAAACAGCGUCUCGAACAAUAUUAUUAUCAGAUCGCUACUCAAGACCCUUCGAGUCCUAAUUUGAAAAAUAUCUCGCUUUUGAUUCAUGUGGUUAAUAGUUUGCUACAAUAA